CCGGAUGAUUCACAGGAAGAGCUGCGCAGACGUGCAGUAGAAACACAAACACACAUCAGCCGACAGUGAAGAGCGCGGUUGCCUCUCCAUCCGAAUUCAAAGCACCUGCCCGAUCGAUCUCAGCCAAGCAGGAGCACUGUUGAGUGGCUGAGAGGCCUGCAGGGGUUUGAGUGGAUCUUCAUGCUCUCGGUUAGCUGGACCUUAUGGACGACGGACAGUGGCAGAGCGAUGGCCCAGUGCGGCGGGGCGGACUAAACGACCCCGACCUCCUAAAUGACUCUGAUUCCAGCCGCAGCCCGGACGAGAACCAGAACCGACUGGUGGAGGAAGCAGAGGAGGUCGAACAGGGGCCCCGUGGUGGACAGAAGCUUGUCAGACAGGAUAAUACUAAUAACAAUGGUGAUGAUGAAGAUUAUGACAGCUCCAAGGUGGAGGAAGAGGAAGAAGAGGAGGAUAGUAACAGUGGUGCGUACUCUCCGGAGCUGGAUGGACACAUCCAAGACUCACCAACACCCAGUCCCAGUCCCACAGUGUCAGAGGGGCUUGUCAGUCCUGAAGGGACCCCUUACAGCGAUGCUGGUUCACCCCAGGGCUUCGGCCGCCCCCUGGCGGCAUCUCUUCAGAAGCUGGGGGAGCAGGGAGACCACCCUCUUCUGCCACACUGCCUCCAUCAGAUUGCAGAGUCAUUUAUGCAUGAGGAGGACUAUGAGAGAGCAGUCAGGUUCAUACAGUUAGAGAGACUCUAUCACGAACGUCUACUGUCCAACCUCGCCGCUCUACAGCAACAGUGGGAGAGGAGAUGGAGUUCGGUUGGCCGGUGUCAGGACAGUCGAGAAGAGAGAGAUAGUGUCCUGGAUGCUGAACACCUGGAGAAACUGAGACACAUCUGCAGAACGCACAGGCAACCUGCACAGAGCAUUGAGAAGUGUGAGGUGUCCAAAGUGCAAAGGAACAGUGUGAUCAGAGAAACACUGGGAGGAGAGCAAAACCUGAACACACAAGUGCUUUCAUGCAGCUCAGGGAAGGUUAUGGAGGAUCAGAGUACAUAUGAGGCACAACAGGAAGUCAUCCAGCUUGAAGACUGUUGCAGCACUGCCUCACAAUCCCACCAGAGCGAACAGCAGCAUGACCCCUCCCCCUCCUCGGACACACCCUCUUCCUUCUCCUCAGCAGUGACCGACAGCUCCUCCUCUCCAGCCUGCGAGGAUGCAGGAGCAGAAGAGGAGAGCGUAAGGGUGGCAGCUUCCCACAGGGAUGCAGCACCAGAGCCCGAGUCACCUAUGGACGCUGCUCAAACAGGCAACGUGGAGGCCCAGCCGCCUCAGACUGAAACUAUCGGCCCAGGAGUGGUGAUGGAGGGAACGGGGGACACUGUAGAUAUGGGACAGGAUGUGGUGGAGGCCGUACCACAUGCUAAGCAGGAAAAUGCAGGGGAGAUAGAAGAGGCUCUAAAGCUGGAGGAAGGAGGAGAAGAUCAUGAACCUCAGGAGCAAGAAAUUCCUGAGAAUACAACAGAGUUGGAGCUAGAGGAGAAUGGGAAUGGGGUGGAGUUGCUGGAUAUUAUGAAUGUGUCCAUGCUGGAUGACUUGGCCAAGCGCAUACAGGUGGAAGAGAUCACUCCAGCUGCUGGUCUUGUGUCUAUCUUAAAGAGAAGAGUCUCUCUGGAAGGAGCCAACAGCUCUACUCCUGCUCCCCCUAAACCUGUCUCUAAAAGGAAGGUCCGUUUCCGAGAACCUGACGAAGGCCUGGACCACGAUGAGGUGGGCGGGGACUCCUGGCUGCUCCUCCUCUUGUUGUGCUUGGCUACUGUGGUGAUCAGUGUGGGCGGGACUGCGCUCUACUGCACCUUCGGAGACGCCCAAUCCAGUGUGUGCACAGACUUUUCUCAUAACAUGGACUUCUACAUUGGACGGGUGCAGAGGGGAAUGGAUGAGCUCAAACACUGGCUGUCCCCAAGCUCAUAGCAGGACAAUGAAGUGCAGAAUGAGUCAUUUUCUGCCUCUGUUUCUUCUUCUCGGUAGCCUUGUGAUCUUUGAUGCUGAGAAAUCCUCAUAAAUAGGCCUUUGCUGGAUCGUACUGACACGGAAGAAGCCCAAAGGAGCCCGUCUGUCAGGUCCUAAAGGGGAUGUCUGGCCCCUGGAAGACACAGGAAACCACUCUGGCCAGUUUUUGACUCAAGUAGCCCACUGUUUACUGCCAUCAACUGAACCUCAUAUGAAGAGACUUCAUUUUUAAAGUCUUAAAUCUCAAAUCGUAAUAUUUAAUUGUCUUUUAUUAAUUCAAAAAGUGAAUGAUCAUCGUGGUACUGAAGAUAUAGUAAUGGACAUAUCCAUCUGUAGCCUGGACGUAGCAUUCUCCUGUGGUGGGCUUGGAUGGUCUUGUGGAAAAAGAAAAUGUAUAGGGACAAGAAAGCAAUACAUGUAUAUUGAGGAAUUAUAGAUAUAGUUAUUAUAUAUAGAAACAGUCAGCAAGGAGGCAUAUCCCAGUUACUAUAGUUACCCAUUAAUAAUUAUAGAAAUACAAAGAGAAUUUUCAGGUAGAUUUGGCAAUAUUUUGAUCAUUAUUAACACAGCAUUGAUUAUAUUUAUUAUUUAAUUAAAAUUGAUUAUUAAUUAAUAAUCAAUAGAAUAUAUAUAUAUAUAUAUAUAUAUAUAUAUAUAUAUCUUUUUUUUUUUUAAGUAUUAUUACUAAAUUGCUUUUAUUCAGUUACAUGGCGGAGAAAAAAAUGUCUUCUUUAUUUGAAAUACAAGAGUCCACACAAACUUUCUGAAUUCUUUUUCUUUUUUAAAGUCUGUAUGAAACGGAAGUUGUGAUAGCCAGAUUGUGACGUAUGUCAAGGUUGCCAGGUUUUCGUAACAAAACCAGCCCAAUUUUUAUUUAAAACCCGCCCAAUCACAGCUAAAACAAGCCCAGUCGCGUUCAGGGUGGGUUCCCCAGUAAAAAAUAGUGUUCUGGGGUAGUGUUGUCAAAAGUAUUUAAUUUCGGUACCAAGCCGGUACUGAAAUUUAAAAAAUCUCGCACACGGGAGCAUUUGAAAGCAGGCGUCUAUAAGCGGAUAUAUUAGGGAUCCGCUGAUGGACACCUGCUUUCAAACCCAUGUGUAUUUGUGUAAAUACUCAGUGAAGAGUGUCAAAGAUGUCUAUUUACAUGUUUUUGAAGUGUUGAUCAUUGUAGCCAAUCACAGACAUAUCUGUUGAGACACAACUGUUGAGCGUUUGAACACAAUGGCCAAUCAGAAGUGUUUAAGAAUCCAUUCAACAGCACUCAAAAUGCUAGAGGGAAAUGCUGGUAUCAACACAUUUUAAAAUGUCAGUAUUGACUUGGUAUUGAAGUAGGUACUUUUGACAACACUAUUCUGGGGGUGGGGGUGGGGGGUGUGGUCGCUUCAAGCCGCAGACUAAACAACAACUCGUGGCAACAAUAAAGUAGCCCAAUUCCACAGGAAAACCAUGGACUUGACAACACUGAACGUAUAUCCAGGUUUCUAGAACAACAAAAAAAUGUAGGACGGGGCUUGAUUUUGUCCAUUGGGAAUUUAUUAGAUUGUUGGAUCACUGUGGUUUGCUAUUGGUCGAUCUCAUUUGAGUGACAGGUUGUCCCGCCCUCACGCCAGUAAACACAACAUCAGUGAAGAGAAUAGAUCUCUCUGCAAUAGAGAGAAGUUAUAUUGAUUAAAGAUUUAGAGAGCACAUGACUUUAAAAAAAACAAAAAUAAUGAUGUGCACUGAUAAAUCAUUUAUAAUAAAUACUGUAAAAUUACAUAAAAAAACAAACAAGAAUUGUCAUUUUGAUUUCAUGGUGACUUUAAAAAUAGCCAAAUCUAUUUAAUAUUUCAUUUUCCCCAUAGAAAUAAAUUGAUAACAGGAUUUGUUUUCCUCUAAACUAGGCCUCCAGUAUAUGACUGUAUUUACCAAUGGAAAGUUUUUAGGAUGAAAUUGGUACUAGAACGAGAAUGUCAUAUGAUUUUAAUAUCAUUUGCUCAGGCAUGUCUAUUGUUAAUAAACUUAACAGUUAUUGUAAUCAUGGUGUUCAAAUACUUAGUUUUUUGUUAUUAUGACAUGACCUCCUGUGUUAAAUAAGUCACGUUUAUUCUUAUUUGGUUAUUUUCAUAAGUGCAUCCUGUGUUUAUUCUACCGAAUCUGUGUCUUGAACAUUUUUAUGUUUCCUUUUGAGGCGCACAGUCUUACUAUGGGGAUGUCAACAUAAGUCUGCAGUAAAUGUUAAAGUAAUGUGUAGAUUGAACACAGUUAUCAGUUUGCUGUGCUCUGCUCAAGUGCAUAAAAGUACUUGGCGGGAACUGUAAAACUAUUUUGUGUUCUGUUUUUUUUUGUGUGUGUGUGUGUGUGUGUGUGUGUGUGUGUGUCUGUGUGUAUGUUGUCUGGCUGGUUCAGAUAACCAUUGAAUGUCUUUAUUGUGUGAGUUUUCAGUAUUUAUUUAAUGCAAAACAAAGUCUUUUAGAAUCACAUGUUCUGGUGCAUGCACUCUCUUCUACUGUCUGUACAGAGACCAUUUGAGACUUUGGAUCCUAUAUUUGUUUUUCCUAAUUUUGAUUUUGUGUAUAUAUCAUGUGACGAUUGCUGUAUUUCCUAAUUGUAUGGUUCAAAUCUGUUUAGUUAUUGUCUCGGGAGAAAAUUUUAAAGGAAAAUGCAAUGAGAAGUUUUUGACCAAAUGUACUUGGUGAAUAAAUCUUAUUGUUGGGA